AUGAUGUUGCUGCGACGACUACUGUACCUUACGGCACUGUUUUUGAGUGUUGCCUGUGUGUGUGUGGCGGCUGGAGAUGAGGAACGUCCACCUUCUGGUGUUGGUGGUAGUUGUGAUCCAGGCAAGAAUGGAUCCAAGUGUGUUAAAGACCCUAAGUCACCUGCAGAUUCUCGUACUGAAUGUGCGGACCAUCCUGGCAAUGAGGAAUGCACUUCCAGUGAUGGUGAAGGUGAAGGCGGUUGCCGUAAAGGUUCUAAACCUUGUUCACCAAAGGAAACGGCUCCAACUUCACCCAAGGAACCAGCUCCCACUACACCACAGGAACUGGCCUCAACUACACCAAAAGAGCCUGAAACUGGUGGAGCUGAUAAUACAAAUGCUGAGAAUGCCAAUAUACCCAAUAAUGGUGAGGAAUCAAACUCAACCACCACCACCACCACUACAACGACAACACUUCCUCCUGAACUCAUAAACAACAGGAAGGGUGAUGCGGACAGCAGCAGUAUCAGUUCUGUGUGGGUGCGUGUACCACUACUGAUUGUGGUUACACUGGCCUGUAUUCUUGUGUGCUGA